AUAUAUAUAAUCAUGUACCUCCGCUUCCGCGCUAUAUGGGCGUUUUUGCGCGCGAAAACCGCCGGCACUUCGCCAUCAGCCACUGAGCGACCAACAACACCCUCUUGAAAAAUCUUCUUUCUUCGCUUUUAUAUAUUGUCAUUUGACAUCUUUUUGGAAAAAGCAGUUGUCAAGAUGCCCUCGACCGAGAAGUGCCAAUUGAGAUACGUCAAACUCACGGACAAGGCGUUCGCACCUCAGAAAGGAUCGGAUCUCUCGGCAGGUUAUGACUUGAAGAGUGCUUAUGAAUACGUUGUGCCGGCUCGAGGCAAAAUGCUGAUCAAAACCGAUUUGCAGUUCGCCGUACCCGAGGGUACCUAUGGAAGGGUCGCGCCCAGAUCUGGAUUAGCCUUGAAGAACUUCAUCGAUGUCGGUGCUGGUGUCGUCGACGCUGACUACAGGGGUGAGGUAGGUGUGGUUUUAUUUAACCAUGGCGACACAGACUUCAUUGUUAAGCCUGGUGACCGUGUGGCACAGUUCAUUUGCGAAAAAAUUGUCUACCCAGAGCUGACGGAAGUCAAAUCUCUUGACGAUACUUCCAGGGGAGCUGGUGGCUUUGGUUCAACUGGCAUUAACUAAGAUUUUAAGAUACAGUGAUACUAUGUGUAAAGUAAUGUUAUUAUAACAGUCUCUUAAUAAAUUAGAUUUUAUACUUCUUUUUUGUAAGAAAACAUAAGAAAAUGAGUGAAAAAUU